GCCGGGGCGGUUCUGGGCGGCUGCUGCCGAGGGCGUCCGAGUUGCCGGAGCCGUCCGCCCUCCGCCGCCUGCCGGCCGACCUGCCCACCCACCCUCCUCCCUGUCCUGUGGCCCUGGGAACUCCCCGACCAUCGCUGCAGUCCCGGGACUCGCGCUGUCCUCCUUCCUUACCAGCGGGCUAGGGCGGCGGCGGCAGCAGCGGGGGUGGCAGAGACCAUCACGGGAGGAGGCAACUGCGGCGGGGCCGUCCCUCCUGCUGGCCCCUUGGAGAGCUCCGCCGUGUGAUCAGAGGAGCAGUUCCUGUUAGGCCCCAGCUAAUGAAGCCUGGAGCCCAGCUGGCUCGGAACCAAGGGCCUUCGCUCCACUGGGAAAGAAUCCUAAUGCACCUGGCUAGCUGGUGGUGAGCGGGGGCUCUGGGGCCAACGCGGUGGGCUCCCCAAGGAAACCCCUUUGAAACCAAUGGAUGCAUUCACGGGCUCGGGUCUCAAGAGGAAGUUUGAUGAUGUGGAUGUGGGCUCAUCAGUGUCCAACUCAGAUGAUGAGAUCUCCAGCAGUGACAGUGCUGACAGCUGCGACAGCCUCAAUCCUCCUACAACUGCCAGCUUCGCACCCACCUCCAUCCUGAAGCGGCAGAAGCAGCUGCGGAGGAAGAAUGUGCGCUUCGACCAGGUGACUGUGUACUACUUUGCCCGGCGCCAGGGUUUUACCAGCGUGCCCAGCCAGGGCGGUAGCUCUCUGGGCAUGGCUCAGCGUCAUAAUUCUGUACGCAGCUACACGCUCUGUGAGUUUGCUCAGGAGCAGGAGGUGAACCAUCGGGAGAUUCUUCGUGAGCACCUGAAGGAGGAGAAACUCCACGCCAAGAAGAUGAAGCUGACCAAGAAUGGGACAGUGGAGUCGGUGGAGGCCGAUGGCCUGACACUGGAUGAUGUUUCUGAUGAAGAUAUUGAUGUGGAAAAUGUGGAGGUCGAUGAUUACUUCUUCUUGCAACCUCUGCCCACCAAACGGCGACGGGCCCUGUUGAGGGCUUCUGGGGUGCACCGCAUUGACGCUGAAGAGAAGCAAGAACUUCGAGCCAUCCGCCUGUCACGGGAAGAGUGUGGUUGUGACUGUCGACUGUAUUGCGACCCAGAAGCGUGUGCUUGUAGCCAAGCUGGGAUUAAAUGCCAGGUGGACCGCAUGUCCUUUCCGUGUGGCUGCUCCCGGGAUGGCUGUGGGAACAUGGCUGGGCGCAUUGAAUUUAACCCAAUCCGGGUCCGGACUCAUUACCUCCACACCAUCAUGAAGCUGGAGCUGGAGAGCAAGCGCCAGGUGAGCCGCCCGCCCGCCCCAGAUGAGGAGCCCUCGCCCACCACCAGCUGCAGCCUGACCGGGGCACAGGGGUCUGAGACGCAGGACUUCCAGGAGUUCAUUGCUGAGAACGAGACGGCAGUGAUGCACCUACAGAGUGCAGAGGAGCUGGAGCGGCUCAAGGCAGAGGAAGACUCCAGUGGCUCUAGUGCCAGCCUGGACUCCAGCAUAGAGAGCCUGGGUGUGUGUAUCCUGGAGGAGCCCCUGGCCGUCUCCGAAGAGCUGUGCCCAGGCCUGACAGCCCCCAUUCUCAUCCAGGCUCAGCUGACCCCAGGCUCCUCGGUCCUGUGUUUUGCCGAGAACUCGGACCACCCAGCUGCUUCAGCAGUGACCAGUCCGUCCUAUUUGAACAGUGGGCCCCUGGUCUAUUAUCAGGUGGAGCAGAGGCCAGUCCUGGGGGUGAAAGGAGAGCCUAGUACAGGAGAAGCCCCACCGUCCUUCCCCAGGGAGAAGGAUCUCAGUGUCUUCUCUCUCCCUGUUACCUCACUGGUGGCUUGUAGCCCCACAGACCCAGCGGCCCUCUGUAAACCAGAGGUCGGGAAAACAUCCACUCUAGAAGCGCUAGUGCCCGAAGAUUGUAACCCUGAGGAGCCGGAGAACGAAGACUUCCGCCCCUCGUGGUCCCCCUCGAACCUCCCCUUCAGCACGGACAGUGAAGAAAGCUGUGUGGUGGAGAAGACCUCACAGCAGGGCGAGGACCGGCCCCCUGAAGACCCUUCUCUGGAACUUCCUCUGGCAGUGUGACAUGCAGAGAGAGAUUCUGCCUCUUACCCUUCUCUAUUUAUUCCCUUAUUUUAUCUAACACCGUUUCAGAACAAACUGUAGAAGCAGCUGCUGCUCCUAUGUUAUUUUAUUGGGGUCUUUGGGGAAUGGGUGGGAAAGGAUUGUUUGUACAAGUAUUUUUAAAAGGGUUAACAGAAUCAAGACCAGCCCCAGCUUGAUCUGGGGAUAGUCUUGGGGCAGAGGAGGCUGCACAGUGCCCAAUACUGCGCUUUCUGGGCCACUAGAACAAAGAACUAGGAUCUCACAGGAGAAUCUAGGUAAUUCAAGCAGCUGUUCUUUAUGUAGGGAUCAGAAUACAUAAUUUGAACAGCAUGGCAAAACCCCUUCUCUCCUGAGCUCCAGGGCAGGGUACAAGCUCAUUUUUCUCGGUAGCUACUCCGAUAUCCCAUUUUGGUGUGUUGUAACAACAGUUGGAAAUGUUGCCUGGAGAGGAGGGGGUAGAAGGGUCUCUGCCUCUGUACAAAACCUCUAGGAUUUAUAAAAAUUUAACCUGUCCUCCCCGGUCCCCCAUUUGGUAAAUAAGUUAAUAUUUGACAUGUUUGGUGUUCUCUGACUUGUUCCCCACACUGGGGAUUCCUGGUUUGUAACUUGAAUUGUUUCUUUCUCAUGUUCUUAGGUACUAGGGUUUAACUCGUCUGUUUGCCUCCCCCUCCCCACCCUUGGCCUGCCUUGAAGAGCUAGAUUGGCCGGGGACGUGGCACAAAGAACCCGUCUUUGUGUGUGUCUAACACUAGCUCCGUCAGGCCGCUCUAGGCUGGGCCCACAGAGGCGUACGUGGAGCGCUAAGUGUGUCCAAAGGAGGCCGCAGGAGCAGACAGCAGCUGCAAAGGUGUUGACUUUGUGCCGUGCUUGCUUUCACCCAGGCACCACCCGACCCUCCUUGGGAGAUUUGAGCUUUAAAGGAAUAUAGGAUGUGGCAGUCUAAGGUCACCAACCAGUUUUGGGUUUUGUUUUGUUUUUUCCCUGUAUCUACCCUGGUGGUCCUUCUUGGAUAUAUCGGGUUGGAGAUUUAUACCAUUCCAGUUCACCCCCAAGAGCUACACAUAUUUAUUAGACCCCUCCAUCUUGAUAUAUAAAAAUUGGAAGUAAAAAAAAAAUUGGAUGCCAAAUAAAUUCUUAAAUGCUACAUACAACUUCCACAUUCCAAAGAAUUCAAGUUCUGCUGACCCCCUCCGAGGUCUAGAGCAGGACUCAGACCCAGUUCUUACCUCUGCCUGGGCACACAGCUCCUGCCCCUCUCACGUCCAGCUUUCGUUCCUGUGCGCGCGCCACUGAACUCAUCAGCAAGGUUAUCUUUGCUUUAAAAUGGAGAUAGUAGGGAGCAAGACACUCUGCUCUAGUGUCCUUUACAACAUGCUUUGCUGGUUACGGUUCAUUAACCAGGGUAGAACAAAGUGGAAAACCUUUCUUGGUGGGGGAGAUCGCUGUUCCUGCUUAUCUUGCUCAUAAAGCCUCUUCUUGUGGGACACAGACCCUGGGGUCUUGGAGCGGCCUUCAUGUAUGUCCCAGCAGCACUUCACCUGUAAAAUUGCUGAACUGAGCCUGACAGGCCUUGUACUUAACACGCAGACAUCUUUUAACCCACCUGCCUCCCCGUUCCUGGCGGGGAGGGUUCUUAGUUAAGUACAUGGGUCCUUAACACUCCCCAUCCUCUAGCCUCAUGAGACAGAGUUGAGAGCCUUAUGUACCUGAGAUCUAGAAACUAUUCCAAACCGAUUUGCAACCCUCCCCACCCCGCACCUUAGACUGGUCCCCUGAAAUACAAGACUGAAGCUUGAUUGGGAAUUGGACUCUGGGGAGAAGAAUCUGUCCGAAAGUUUGUGUUGGAGGGUGUGUUGUAAACAUUCCCUCCUUAGGAAGGGUUCCUACUCUAGGAAGUGUUUCCAGUUGCUCAGAGACACAUUAGCCUUUGUGAUCAAAGCAAGAUUUUGAGUCUAAUUUAUUAAACUCAUUGCCAACCCCCAUGAUGAUGACUUUUCUGAAGAAACUAGUUUUCUUCAUCUAAACCCUUUGUUAGCUCUACAAUUCUGACUCACACUGAUCCUAAGCUUUUAAAUGCUAAGUGUUAACAUUUAGCACUAACUAUGUUGUUAAGCAAAGGGCCUUUUCUACAACCUGGUCCAUCUCAUUUCUGGUGCUACCUGAGUUGGACACAAUUAGAGCUCAUGGUUGCUAGAAAAGCUAGGCCUCUGGUCACAGAAGCAGGGCUUCGUGGUCACUGAGCUUUGAUCCUGCUCAGUCCAGGCCUAGAUAAAAGAAACGACUUCUUAUUGCAACUCAUUAUUUUCCAAUCUCCUCAUAUACUAUACACAGGUUGUAUUUUCAAUGUGAAUCCAAAGCUUGUCUGGUUCUCUGAAAAAAACUUUUUUUUUUUUUUGCCUUUUAGGUCCUUUACAUUGUAAUAAUGCUGUAUUUAAAGAAAAUAUUUAAAUGUAAUAUUAAAGAAAUAUUCAAAAGAA